AUGCAAAAAGAAUUAAGGCCUUAUACAUGCGACUUUUGUGAUAAAUCAUUCUUGCGAUUAGAACAUAAAGUACGCCAUGUUCGUACACAUACAGGCGAAAAACCUCAUGCUUGUUCAUUUGAUUUCUGUAAUAGACGUUUUGCUCGAUCAGACGAACUUCGGCGCCAUAUUCGAGUACAC